CGACCAGCAGCCUCCCGGCCCCCACUCGGACGAGAUCGGUGACAUCCCCGCCUGCUACCAUGUCGCACAACGAGUCUAGCGCGCGUCCGCCUCUGUCUCCUACGCACAAUCACGUUCGCUCCGAGCCCGCCGCUCCUCAACUGGUCCAGACCCCAGACUCUUUCCGGGAUGAGUUCUGUACCAUGGUGACUUCGCCACUGCCAUACACCGGCACGAACGCCCGAGGGGACGUUGACGAGAAGGGCCUGUUCAAGAGCCAGCAGAUUUCGCAAGCCGGCGGUGAGUUCGGCGCGGACGAAGGCAAGGUCCUGACGGGGGUGAUGGCGGCCUGGGUCAAGAUCGCGCACUACUACGACCUCGCGUACCACCGCCUGAAGCAGCACUGGAUCAUCUUCUGCGUCUUCCUGCUCGCUGGGAUCGUGAGCUGCAGCCUGGCGAUCGGCUGGGCGUUCCGGCUGAAGACAUUCAAUAUUGCGGACCCGGAUAGCAUCCAUGACUCCAUUGUUCAGCUCUCGGCGAACAUGGUGGACGUGGACCCGUUAGGACAAGAAAUGACCUUGGACUGGGUCAUCAACUACGACUCGUGCGAGUCUAUCGGGUGCCCAGACGUCAACAUCUACUUCGAUUCGAACACUCUGCGUGCGGACCCCACCAACUCGCAAACCCAGAGCAAUGUCAAGCCCGACCCCAUCUUCACUAUCAACGGCGGAAACGUACUCGCGAUGAGGAACAACACCGAUAGACGGCCGAGCUCGCUGACAUUCCGGACCGACGUCGCGAUCUCGAAUGCCAACACACAUCGUACACUUCAGUCAUACCCUUACGACAAAUAUGACACUCAGCUCGUAUUCUUCGCCGAGGAGGCGGGCACAAACAUCUCCGUCAGCAUCGCCAUCGUGAAGACUACCGGCAUUGCAGUUGGGUUCAACGUUCAGCUCCAGAACACGACCGACAUCAAGGAUAACUUUGGUACGGUCAUCAAAAACAUCGAGGUCACCCGUGGACCUGUGGUCAGGCUAUAUGCCAUCUUCAUCGUCCUCGUCAUCUGGCUGGUGACGCUGACGUUCAUGGCGACCUGUGUCUUGAACGUGUUCUUCGGGAAGGGCAUAUCUUCUGGCGUCCUCGUCCUACCUAUGGGCACGCUCUUCGCGUUCACACAGCUUCGCGCGACUCUCCCCGGCGCACCCGAGGGUUUCGGUGCUGUGAUCGACUUCAUGGGCCUCCUGCCGUGUCUCGCUAUCCUAACUUUCUGCUCCGUGUUCAUGACCGCCAUAUUCUUGCUCCGCGACCCUGAGCACGACAUUCCGCGCUGGCACUGGACGAAACCCGGAGAGGGGCGACGGGGCACCACCUACUCUGUUUGAUGACCUGACGAUUCCGCUACGACUGAUACGCACAAGACGAUCGAUGCGAGUAACAUUUACUUCACGUAAGACUAUGUAUGUCCACUCUGAAGACACAGCGCUGUGCCACCAGAGACGCUUCGAGGAUGGCCAUUGGACCCUAUGUAUCCUGCCUUGUACCCCGCUCACGCUAUAUAAUUUGUUGUUUGUUGUACAUACGCGGCGGUCUCACCGUCGCACCGCACGCCAAGGCACA